AUGGCGGCGCGCAGGGUGGCCCCACUUAAAAGCACGGCGGGCGAAGCGCGGAGCCUGCUGCGGACACCGGGCGGCGGCUUCCUGGGGGCGCGCGUGCCCGCCGAGGUGGAGGCCAUGGCGCGGGCCGCGCGGGACGUGGACAGGGAGACCUUCCGGCGGCUCCUCAAAGUUGCUGUGAAUGCGUUGGAAGGAAAAGACUGCAAAGAAUCUGUUAAACAGAUUGCCGAAAGCUCUAAUCUCUCCGAAGAGCAGCUUGCUUUCCUCAUUUCUGGCAUGUACACCCUUCUCCGAGAAGCUUUGAGACUCCCCUUAUCAACUUUGAAGCAAGAAGUUUUUAAAGAAGACCUGAAGGAGCUCAAGAUACCAGAAGAUUUCAUCGCGGACUUUUCCAGUGUAGUCUUUGGUAACAGACGUCCUGUUUUCGAAGGCACAGCUCUGACACGAAGUAGGCUGCCAAGUGUCCAGGACUUCAAGUGGAGAGUGGAUGUGGCUAUAUCCACAAGUUCCUUGGCCCGUGCACUUCAACCAUCCAUUUUAAUGCUGAUGAAGCUUUCAGAUGGGACAGCUCAUCGCUUUGAAGUGCCUGUUGCAAAGUUUCAAGAACUGAGAUACAACGUUGCCCUUAUACUGAAGGAAAUGAAUGAUUUGGAAAAAAGAAGCAUAUUGAAGAUCCAGGACUGAAACAUUUCCAAAUUGGGAGCUUACAGAUUUGAAACUUUCAGCAAGGUUUGUGAAUGGCAAAACAAAAUACAGCACKGUGGUGCCAGUCUGAAUUGCACUGUAGCAUUUAUGAUGUCUGCUGUAAAUAUUUUUUUUUUGAAAUCAAGUGUUAAAAGCGCCAACUCUUUUCUUAUGACUUUGGAAAAACAAAUAUAUUGAUUAAAAAGUAUAAUCCUGUUUGUGAA